GAGCGUCAGUUUGCGGCUGGAGUUACAAACGAUCGGUACACAAAACAUUCGUGGUGCUAACAAGCUAUAUCCCCCGAUGGGUUGUUCCAUUCAAAUGAAAUGAUCUUCAAGCCGUGCAUAACAAAUCCCAAUUAAAGUUUAUAAUUAAUAACCAAAGAGUUCGCGGGGUCGGUCUGUGAAAAGUUGAAAGUGCCUCCGCUACGCUCCGCUCCAAACUCUACUCUAACAGCGAAUCAAUCUCGUUUGUAUCUGUGUUCCAAAGUGAGUGUCGGUGUGUGCGUGUGCGUGUGUGUGUGCGACUGUGGAGUGUGGAGUGCAUCUGUGAGAGUGGAGUGUACCUUCAAGGUAUCUAAGCAUCUACACUGGGUCUGUCCGUCUGCCUGCUGGAGUCGCAGUUGGAGCUGGGACCUGGGGACUGGAGUUGAAGUUGGAAACUCGUUUUUUCAAAAAGUCUGCACAAAACAAGAAAAUAAAGCGCGCGCGCGCGAGAGAGCUACUACGAAAAAAAUAAAAAUAAAAUAAUAAUAAGAAAAGCAAAAGCAGAUCCGAUCCCCAGGCAGAGGCAGAGGCAGGGCAGAAGCAGAGACCGACUAAGAGCCAGAACCACCGCCAAAAGUAUCUGACAGAUACCGAAGAGAGGCAGGCAGGGAUUUGGCUGCUGCUGGUGCUGCUGCUCGCCCUUCUGCAUUCUUUUUGCUUGUUUAUUUAAUUUUCGUGUGCUGUGCAGUGCUGGGCUGUGCUGCUUCACUUGUUGCAGCUGCACACAGAUACUCAGAUACAUCUCUACGCCAUAGAUACAGAUACAGUGCCACAGCGACUGUGCGGAAAACCAGAAAACCUGUUCCGCGUCGUGUGUCCCCGAGUGUCCCGUGUAUCCCAUGUAUCCCGUGUAUCCCGUGUGCCCGAGUGAGUGCCUGUGUACAUCGGAAUUAUUCAAAUAAGAAAAUCGUCGUCGCUGUCGUCGUCGUUAUUGUUCCUCGUCCUGGACCCCAGUCGAAACCCGAAACAUUUGCCAACAUUUGAAAAGCAGAAAGCCCCCCCAAAAACGAAAAGCCAAAAACCCGUUUAGUGGUUCUCUCGGGGGCCACACAAAUGUACAACAACGAUGGCCACAUUGGGCCUGUCAAAAGUCUUCAUACUGGAUAAAUAUUUUACGGAAUUGCAAAAAUUUUGGGAGACGGAGAAGAAGCUGCAGGAUGCUUCAUCAUCCAACGAGGCAGUGCAUCUGCAACAGCGGCUCAAGAGCCUGAGCACUGAGCUGGUGACGCUGCGCAAUCGAUUGCAUGUGGGCCAGGGUCAAGGACAGGCACAAGGUCAGAGCAAUGGCGGCCAGAAUCACGGCUCCACCGGGAGUGGCGGCGGGGCCAAUGUGGGUCCCAAGGCCAACAACUUUGACCUGAAUGCAUCCAGUCCGAAUCUGAAUCUGAGCUCUGGAGGAGCGGGGCUGUCGGCCAGUGCCCUGCAACAGCAUACCAAUGGCCACCACACAGUGUCCAAGCAUUCGCACAACUUUAGCCAUACUCUGCCGGCCAACGCGGGCUCUGGGACGGUGGUGUCGGCGCGAAACACAUCGAUUCCACACCCACUGCCGCAUCAGUUGGGCGAGAAGACGGCCUUGUCGCACCAUCAGAGCCAUGGAGCGUCGACUGGCACGCUACCCCACAUGAGCAGCAUGGGAAACAUCCUCGGCCAUGGUUCCCACUCGCACUCGCACUCCAACUCUCAUUCCCACUCCAAUUCCAACACGCUGCCGAUGCGCUCCUCCAACUCCAACGGAAUGGGAGCGGCGGCGAUAUCGAACGGAGGAGGAGGAGGAGGAGGAGCUGGAUCCCAGCAUCAGUAUUCGCAUGGCCAUGGCCAGCAGUUGCCAUUCAUACCCGGACCGAAGCAUGCGAAUCCUUGCCAGAGCGUCAAAACUCUACCAUUUGGCUUUGGGUUCGCGCCCCAUCCAUCCGCCAUGGGUCUCCAACAGAGGUUGCAGCAGGUCAGCGUGUUGCCAAAAUUGGCGCAGGACAUGCAGGACCUGAUUCAUCUGCCCGGACCCCUCACCGAGCAUGCCGUUAUGCGUACGCUUGAGGCCCGCUUCAACGAGCAGCGCUACUUUACAAAUGUGGGACCUAUUUUGCUCUCAAUCAAUCCCUAUCUGGAUGUGGGCAAUCCCCUGACACUCACCUCCACACGGUCCAUGGCCCUGGCACCCCAACUGCAGAAGAUCGUCCAGGAGGCAGUGCGUCAGCAGAGCGAGACCGGCUAUCCGCAGGCCAUCAUCCUGUCGGGCACCUCGGGAGCCGGAAAGACAGCUAAUGCUAUGCUGAUGCUCCGCCAGUUGUUCGCCAUUGCUGGCGGUGGACCAGAGACGGAUGCCUUCAAGCAUUUAGCAGCUGCGUUUACGGUGCUUCGGUCCCUCGGCUCGGCCAAGACCACCACCAACUCCGAGUCGAGUCGCAUCGGUCAGUUCAUCGAGGUCCAGGUGACGGAUGGGGCUCUCUAUCGCACCAAAAUCCACUGUUAUUUCCUGGACCAGACUCGUGUCAUCCGCCCCCUGCCCAAGGAGAAGAACUAUCAUAUCUUCUACCAACUGCUGGCGGGACUCAAUCGGGAGGAGCGGCAGAAGCUUCAUUUGGAGGGUUACUCCCCUUCGAAUCUGCGCUACCUUCGCGGCGAACCGAACUACCAGAACGAGCAGGAGGAUGCGGUGCGCUUUCAGGCCUGGAAGACGUGCCUUGGCAUAUUGGGUAUACCGUUUCUGGAUGUGGUACGGGUUCUGGCCGCCGUCCUGCUGCUGGGAAAUGUUCAGUUUAUCGACGGUGGGGGUCUUGAGGUGGACGUCAAGGGUGAAACGGAGCUGAAUUCGGUGGCCAGUCUUUUGGGCGUACCUCCAGCCGCUCUCUUCCGUGGCCUCACCACCCGCACCCACAAUGUCCGGGGGCAGUUGGUCAAGUCCGUGUGUGGGGAUGGAGAUGCCAACAUGACGAGGGAUUGCCUGGCCAAGGCUCUCUACUGCCGUACGGUGGCCACGAUUGUGCGUCGGGCGAAUAGCCUGAAGCGUCUGGGCUCCACUUUGGGAACCCUGAGCUCCGAUUCGAACGAAUCGGUGCACAAUCAAGCAGAUGCGACCUCGCAGCAUGCCUCCACCAUUGGCGGUGGCAACGCUGGCUCCAAAUCGAUGGCAGCUCUCAACAAUGCAGUGAGGCAUGCAACGGAUGGUUUCAUCGGCAUAUUGGAUAUGUUUGGGUUCGAGGAACCCGCGCCACACGCCCAGCUGGAGCACCUGUGCAUCAACCUGUGCGCGGAGACAAUGCAGCAUUUCUACAACACACACAUUUUCAAGUCCUCGGUGGAGUCCUGCCGCGACGAGGGCAUCGUGUGUGACACCGAGGUGGACUACGUGGACAAUGUGCCGUGUAUUGAUUUGAUAUCCUCGCUUCGCACGGGUCUGCUGAGCAUGCUGGACGCCGAAUGUUCCGUGCGGGGCACUGCAGAGAGCUAUGUGACCAAGCUGAAGGUACAGCAUCGCUGCUCCACUCGCCUAGAGACGAAACCCACCGCUGAGCCGCACGAUCCGCGGAUGUUUCUCAUACGCCACUUUGCCGGCCGUGUGGAGUACGAUACCACGGAUUUUCUGGACACCAAUCGGGAUGUGGUGCCGGACGAUUUGGUGGCGGUUUUCUACAAACACAGCUGCAACUUUGGCUUUGCCACACAUCUCUUUGGCUCAGAGUUGAAGGCGCUCUACGCACAGCAACAGGCGCCGCGAGGUCUCAGCUUCCGCAUAUCGCCCACCUCCCACUCGGACUUACUCAACGGGGACGAGCCCGUCUCCACGCUGACUCAGGACUUCCACACGCGACUGGACAACCUGCUGCGCACGCUGGUCCAUGCCAGGCCCCACUUUGUGCGCUGCAUCAGGAGCAAUGGAGCCGAGCAGGCAGGCACCUUCGACAGGGCCACCGUUGUCCGGCAGAUCAGGUCGCUGCAGGUCCUGGAGACCGUCAACCUGAUGGCCUCAGGCUUCCCGCAUCGCAUGCGAUUCAAGCAAUUCAAUGCCCGCUAUAGGAUGCUGGCUCCCUUCCGCCUGCUGAGGCGCAGCGAGGACAAAGCUCUAGAGGAUUGUCAACUGAUCCUGCAGUAUGCCAUGGAGCAGCCUCCGGUUCUGGAUGGCUCUGUGACAUUGGCCUGGGCGCCGGGCAAGCGACAUGUCUUCCUCAGCGAGGGUAUUCGCCAGCAUUUGGAGCACCUGCGCACGGAGAUACGUCACAAGAGCGCAACCCUCAUGCAGGCCACAUGGCGGGGCUGGUGGUGGCGCAAGAAGAUGGGCAAUGGGGUCAAACGUACGCGUAUAACCCACCAUUUGCCCUCGCCAUCGGCCGCACCACUGCCAGUGACCAAACCACCCACCCAUUCUCACAAUUCCCACAAUUCCCAGAGCAAAUCGGCAUCCACAACGAUGGCUGCCUUGGCGGCAGUGGCUGCUGCAGCUCCAACGACAGUGCCACGCCUCUCGGCAAAGUCCACGAAUCUUGGGAUUGGAGGAACGGUGACCAGGCCAAGACCACAGCCGAUUGCUGGGACUCCACCGCCAGAUCCGCAUGAGAAAUGCGACCAGAAGAUUAUACAGCAAACCUGCAGUCUGUUUGGACUGGAUCUGGAACGUCCACCGCCAGUGCCACCCUCUCGAUCCUAUACGAUCAGCGGAAAUUCGAAGUUGGGAUAUCCGCAAAGUCGCCUCAUGAAGAUGAGCUUUCCCGAGGAUCCCCCCACAGCUGGGCAAUCAGAGUCGCAGCAGCUGAAGAAGGGCGAAACGGUGACGGUGGUGGGGGCCUCCAGCGGCAGGGGACAUUUGCUGGUGGAGCACAAGGGUCAGAGCUAUCACGUGCCCUUUCAGUACAUGGAACUGUCUGUCGGAAAUGCUAAUGCUAAUGGGAGUGCACUUCCUGCCGUACAGGCGAACGGUGUUAAGAUCUAAGGGCGAGAUGCUCGAAGAAGACUGUACAUAUUCAAUUUUGUAAUCUAAGCAUUCACACAUUAAUUUAUACAAAACGAAACCCAUUUAUGCCCCGAGGUGCUCGUUGACGCAUUCACGUAGUAUUAUUUAAAGUGUUUCUUCGAUAGGUUGUAGCUUCAAUCGCAUAUACCCACAAGUGCCAAUCAAAUAAGUUCUUCCAUCUAUUCCAUAAGUGACUAUUAUAAGUGACUGAGAUUACAUUUCGGCAGAAUUGUCAGGCCAACACUUACAUGAUAAUCACCUAUACAUGUUUACUCCUCUAUAGAGGACUUGUAUUGGUCUUAAACUUAAGAUUCAUUACUUCAUUCAAAUAAAAGAAGCAUGCAUUGGAAAACGUA